AUGAAUUAAUAAAACAUUAUCGAAUUCUACCCAGAGAUAUUGGAAUAGUUUUAACCAAUCCUUUUUAAUUUGUAUAGAAAUGAAACUUUACAAAAGUAUCAUAGUAUGAUUCAAUAAAUAAAAACAAAAUUUCCUCUUCCAGAUUAAAUGCCAUUAUUAAUAUAUCCUAAUGCUGAAUAAAUAUUAGAGUUCUUUUUAUAAAGUUAUUAACCAAUAAUUUUGGAUAUAAGAUCUUUGUCCUAGAGGCCCAACGUGAAAAUAAAGUUAUAUAAGAAUGCAAUAUAUUUUGGUGAAAUCUUUUAAGAAAUGAGACAAGGAUAAGGAGUUCUUAUAAAAGAGAACAAUUAAAUAUAUGAAGGGUAAUUUGCACUUGAUAAAAAAGAUGGAAUUGGUUUUGAAAUAUUAAAAGGAGAUACUUUUUAUCAUGGACAUUACGUAUAGGGAUAUCCUAAUGGUGAAGGUGUAUAUAAAUCUACAUCUCAUUAAUACAUAGGAUAGUGGUAACAUGGGAAGAAAGUAAGAUAAUUAAAAAUAUUAUAAGAGUGGUAUUGGAUGGUGUGUUGGAAAUAAGAAUGAUUAUUUUUUAGGGAGUUGGGAGAAUGGAAAGUUUUAUGGAUUGGGUUUACAUAUUUGUGAUUCACUGUAUAAAUAAUUUUAAAUUUAAUAGUUAUUUUGGUGAAGUGAUAAAUGAUUUAAAAUUUGGUAAUGGGGAGGAAUAUUUUCAUGGAGGAGAUGUUUAUAAAGGAUAAUAUAAGAAUGGAUUACCAAAUGGAAAAGGUAAGUAUAUAUGGAAAAAUGGAAAUUCUUAUUAAGGUGAGUUUUAAAAUGGAUUAAGAUGGGGAGAAGGUUUUUGGGAGUAGAAAACUGAAAAAGGAAUUUAAUUUUAUAGAGGUUAAUAUGUGAAUGAUAAGAAAAACGGACAUGGCCAUUUUCAUUAUUCUAAUGGUACAGAGUAUAUAGGAGAGUUCUUUGAUGAUUAAAGAAAUGGAUAUGGAUAAAUUAUAUGGCCAGAAAAAGCUAUGUAUAAAGGUUAUUGGAGAUAAGGUUUAAUGGAUGGGGAAGGAAUAUAUUCUUAAGAACAUAAUAAAUUAUAAGGUAUUUGGAAAAACAAUUAAUUUAUAUCCUAUGAAAAGGUUAGAGUUUCUUUAAAUUAAUUUCCUUUAGUAAAUAAACUAAAAGACAUUAUAGAAGAUGAAGAAAUUUAAUCUUAAGUUGCUGAAGAACCAGAUCAUGAAAAAAUAGGGGAUAUUUUCAAAAGAAUUAGUUUAUAAAGUAAGACUAGCUUAAGUAUUUCUGAUAAUUAAAGAUUACCUUAAAUUAUAUCUCAUUAGAAAUAAUAAGGUAUUUUUCUAGAUGUCUAAGCCAAUUAAUUUCAAAAUUUACAAACUUCAUCAAUUGGCAUUUAAACAGAAGUUGAUUCAACAAAAAAAAAAUUAAUUACUGAAUUACCAUCUAUUACAAAAAGAAAAAAUGUUUUAUCAAGUUAUAGAAUUGAUAGUAAAAAUAAUGUUACUAAAAAGAAUUUGAGUGAGAGUAUUACAAAUACUAAUUCUCCUAAUACUAGAGAAAGUGAAUUUUAAAAUAAUAUUAUUCAUUAAUCAUAAGAAAAAAAAUCACGUAAAGGUAAAUAAAGAUUAUCAUUACUAACAAAAAUUGAAGAAAAAGUUUUAAAAAUAAAACUUGAAAAAUAAAAAUUGAGUCCAUAUAAAUUUGAGAAACUAUGGAGUAAAAAAGUACAUCACGAUCCAUUAUUAUAUUAGGUUGUAAAUUAAGCUAGAUAAUUAAUUUAUCCUCCUGUUUGGAUUCCCUCAUCUUUACAUCCUUUAAAAUAAAGAAAGUUUUGA